ACACCAUUCUCCAUCCUGCUGGUGAAGCCGGAGCAGGCUGCAGCGAGAUGAGGACCACGGGGCUGAGCCUGAGCCUGGCCCUGCUCUGCUUGCUGCGCGUGGAGGCUGAGGUCCUUGGGGCUGCGGGGCUGGACAGAAGCAAGAUUGCAGGGAAAUGGCACAUUAUUGCUCUGGCCUCCGACUCCGAGAGCUACCUCCAAAAGAAGGAUGAGCUGAAGAUGGCAAUGGCCACCAUUGCAGACUUGGGGGAGGGCAACCUGAAGGUCUCCUUUGCCAUUCCCAGCCCAGAGGGAUGUAAGAAAUCGGAGAUGAUUCUACAAGCAACAGGCAUCCCGGGUGAAUAUUACAGCUCUGAAAGAGGCAAUAAAACAGUGCAGGUGGUGGAUACCGAUGGCAAGACAUAUGCAGUUAUCUUUGCCUCCAGAGUGAAGGAUGGGAGGACCUUGCACAUGCUGAGGCUCUACAGCAGGACCCGGGAGGUGAGCCCCAAAAUCACAGCACUGUUCAAGAAGCUUGUGAAGGAAAAGAGCUUCACUGAUGAGAUGAUCAGGAUGCUGCCCAGCCAGGAGGAAUGCAGCCUUGAUGAAGCAUAGGAAGUGUGGACUGGCUUGUGGAUGCUCUGGCUGAGCAAUGCAAGACCCACGCUUUGAAGCUCCAGGCUGCUGCUCUGCCACCCCUCUUUUGAGCUCAAUGGUCAAGGCUCUGACACGUUUCCUGCUCCUCCAGCACCCGGUCCCUCCUUUUUGCCAAAUAAACAGAAACUU